AGUAAGCUCAGAUUUGCUUUGCUUUUAAUAUCAACACUUAAUCCAACAACUCCAAAUCACAGCAAGAAAAUGCCGACCACAGCCAAAAAGACUUUGGAGAACAGUGAAAAGAUCAAAACUAGAAAAUUUCAGCAGCAAGCGACUUGCAAAGUUAGCCAUGGCCUAACUCGUAAGACAUCGCUCAUAGUUGUUGGUCAAAGAAUAAAGAGUCGAAAAUACAAGCAGAGAGAUGCUAAAAAAACUGUCUGGUUGAACGACAAAGGCAAAUCCAUUGCAGUUCAAAUCAAACACAUUGAUACUUUGGGAAUUGACAUGAACAAUUUCUUUACUCCAAAGGCUUAUGAACAUGAGGUACCGAAGGCUCUGACCGACGCAAAUACAUCUAAUGCUGUUGUGGAUAAAUUAAUACCUCUGCAGUCGGAACCCACGCUCAAAAAGUGCCAUCUCAACAGAAAAUCCAGAACGGAGCUUAUGAUGAACACAUGCAUCGUUCAGCCCAUUGAAAAGAGCGAUAUAACCAAGAUUAAGAACUCUCCUAAAAUAACUAAAGCGUCCGCCAAAUACAGAGUUCAGAAACCAAAUUGUGGAAAGCGGGCUUUGAAAGCUUCCCGUGGCAAAACCAAUAGAAAAUCAUACGAAAGGCGGCACAUUGAGUAUCCAGAAUAUGAUGAUCUGACACUGAUCGAUUUUGAUGCUAUAAUUCUUAAGCCAAGUUAUGAUUCAGUACAAGGUGGUAGUAACGAGACAUCUUAUGAAAAUUUAGGAGAAAGAACAACUUUGGAAUCUAGCCAAAAUGAAGAGCAGGCUUGCUGCUCACAAAACAUGAAUACUGAGACAAUUCACUCGGAAGAUGGGCUUAGCCCAGAUAAUAAUAUCCCGAUUAUUUUGGAAAAUUACGCUUAUUUAGAAGAAAAAGAUUCAGUCCACAUAAAUCAUUUCCUUACGGCAGGUCGCUUUGAUAAAGAGAAUGCAGAACCGAUUCGCUUGAAAGAUUCAACUGGCUUAGAGAAUGCAGAGAGGAGUUUUAAGCUAAGUCCAAGCUGUCCUUCACCCGAAAAAGAGUUGGAAAGGACAAAACAUUUUCCAGUUGAGGAAAAUGUCCAACAGCCCGAAAAUAUUAAUAAGGAAAUAGCACCAGUCAUUGGUUAUCAGAUUGAGGCGCCCCACCCUAGAGUGGCUAUUGUUCAGCCGCGUCCUUCAACUUCAAGUCGUCCUAAGUGCCGAUGUAAGCAACAUUUUAAUCAGGUUGACUAUGUUCUUGCUGAUUAUCCGAUGCCCAACAGAGUGAUUUAUAUUCAAAGACCUGAACAAGGACCAGCUUAUGGGAACACCAUAAGGGACCAUAUUUUUCCAUCGCAGGCAUACUUGGCCAUACGUUCAAGAGACGAGAAUAUAGGUCGGGUUAUGGCAGAGCGCACUAGGAUUUCGAGGAAUAAUGCUCCCCGGAUGGUCAAGAAUUCGAUACCAGCUAGAGAUUGGACCGAAACUGCUUUUUUUAUUUUUACGUUUUUAAUGUUAUUAACGGGAUUUGGCCUAAUUUUGUAUUCAUAUUACUAUGAGCAAACAAGACCUCUAACGCUUUGGGAGAAAUUUGUUAUAUAUAUUAAUAUAUUUUCCACCGAAGAGAUCUAAAAGCGAGCACUUUAAUGUAAGAAUUU